AUGGGUACUUCGUGGUUAUCAAGUACUUCAAGUGGAGUUUUUAACUUCUUACACAAACAUAUUACAGGUGAAAAUGACAGUGUAAGGCCAUCCAGCUCUCUGGAUGUGUUUUCUAAAGCCAAUGUGUGGAUUACAGACCUUCCCACAAACAACUACGAACCUCUUGAGGCUUCACAUGGGGAGCGGCGGCCGGCCAAAAAGGGUAAGCGAGAACGAGAACUGGAAGAGAAGAUUACCGUGCUCAAAGAGCACUGUGAUGCGAAAAACCAAGAAAUUGCAUGCCUUGAAGAAAAAGUGUCGCAGUUGCGAGAAGGUGAACACAAAAAGGAGAGUGAUUUCGCACAGAAAAUGCAAGAGAAAGAGCAAGAGAUAAAGAAUGCAAAGAAGGAUAUUUUGGCGACAAAAAGAAACUGUCUCGACAAGGAAUCAGAAAUAAAAGAACUUGGCAAGGAGCUUAACUCGAUGAAAGAUAAAUUUGCAAAAUGUCGCAAACCAGACGAAUCCCUUUGCAGUCAAGUUUCGGAACUAAAGAAGAUUUUGGUGAGAAGAGAAGAAAUAAACAUGAAACAAAAACAGCUUUUCAGAAUGUUAGCUGCCGAUGUUCAGAAGAAACUGGACAAAGCUUCUGUAGAUACGAGAAACCUCUCUGAAGAGCUAAAGAACCUCAAAGCAGAGAAUACUGACCUGAUAAUGCUAAUCAGCUCGCUUCAAAGUCGGGAGAAAGAGUUGCAGUGGCAACUGAAUGAAAGCAACGAGAAAAAACAACAACAACUUGUUUACAUCACUGAGUUGGAAACAACCCUGGUGGAUACUGACAGAAUAUUAAAGAAACUGUCAGACGACAUCCUGAAGAAGGAACAAGAGUUUAAAACUUGUAAAGAACGUGAAAUCAGCUUGGAAGUGACGAACGCCACGCUAAAGCAGCAACAUAAAGAGCUACAGGAGAAGCUGGAAAACAUGGCCAACACACGAACAGUGGAGUUAGCGAAGAUUGAGAAGGUGCUUGGGGAAAAAUUACAGCAAAUUGUUGAAUUGACUGCCAGGAAUACGGAGUUGGAGAAGGAAGUCAAAAAGAAAGAGGAGAAAAGUACAGGGCGUGAGAACUGUGAAGAGCGAAAGAAAGAAUUCAACAAGAUAAACUCCUUGAAAGAUCAAUUGAAAGAACUACAAGAGAAGCUGGACGAUACAGCCAACACUCAAACAGCGGAGAGGGCAGCCAUCGACAAGCUGCUUACCACUGAAAAAUCACAGCAAAUUGUUGAACUGAGUUGCCAUCUUAAUGCCAGGAAUGUUGAGUUGGAGAGGGAAGUCAAAGAGAAAGAGAGUUUAACCACAGCGCUUGAUACCACUAAGGAACAAAAGAAAAACCUGGUAAGGAUCACUGACUCCUCACUGAAACAUCAACUUGAAGAAUUUCAAGAGAGGCUGGACGAUACAACCAAAGUCUACCCGCAGAAAAGAGGGCGGGUCGCUCUGGAGCAGGCAAACAUAUCUCAGCAGAUUGUUGAUUUGCAAGACCAAAUGAGUUACAGUAAUGCUACGUUGCAGAACGUGGACGCUGAAGAAAAGAAAAAGGAGGCGCUUCUGGAGAAUUCUAAAGAGGAAAAAGAGAAGCUCGAACAUGCAUGCAGCUCUUUGAACAAGACAACAAGUGUGGAAACUGCAGAUGUUUCAGAACUUCCCACAGAUGUCGUGAAAACGUUUAACGGUGAAAAUGACAGUGUAAGGCCAUCCAGCUCUCUGGAUGUGUUUUCUAAAGCCAAUGUGUGGAUUACAGACCUUCCCACAAACAACUACGAACCUCUUGAGGCUUCACAUGGGGAGCGGCGGCCGGCCAAAAAGGGUAAGCGAGAACGAGAACUGGAAGAGAAGAUUACCGUGCUCAAAGAGCACUGUGAUGCGAAAAACCAAGAAAUUGCAUGCCUUGAAGAAAAAGUGUCGCAGUUGCGAGAAGGUGAACACAAAAAGGAGAGUGAUUUCGCACAGAAAAUGCAAGAGAAAGAGCAAGAGAUAAAGAAUGCAAAGAAGGAUAUUUUGGCGACAAAAAGAAACUGUCUCGACAAGGAAUCAGAAAUAAAAGAACUUGGCAAGGAGCUUAACUCGAUGAAAGAUAAAUUUGCAAAAUGUCGCAAACCAGACGAAUCCCUUUGCAGUCAAGUUUCGGAACUAAAGAAGAUUUUGGUGAGAAGAGAAGAAAUAAACAUGAAACAAAAACAGCUUUUCAGAAUGUUAGCUGCCGAUGUUCAGAAGAAACUGGACAAAGCUUCUGUAGAUACGAGAAACCUCUCUGAAGAGCUAAAGAACCUCAAAGCAGAGAAUACUGACCUGAUAAUGCUAAUCAGCUCGCUUCAAAGUCGGGAGAAAGAGUUGCAGUGGCAACUGAAUGAAAGCAACGAGAAAAAACAACAACAACUUGUUUACAUCACUGAGUUGGAAACAACCCUGGUGGAUACUGACAGAAUAUUAAAGAAACUGUCAGACGACAUCCUGAAGAAGGAACAAGAGUUUAAAACUUGUAAAGAACGUGAAAUCAGCUUGGAAGUGACGAACGCCACGCUAAAGCAGCAACAUAAAGAGCUACAGGAGAAGCUGGAAAACAUGGCCAACACACGAACAGUGGAGUUAGCGAAGAUUGAGAAGGUGCUUGGGGAAAAAUUACAGCAAAUUGUUGAAUUGACUGCCAGGAAUACGGAGUUGGAGAAGGAAGUCAAAAAGAAAGAGGAGAAAAGUACAGGGCGUGAGAACUGUGAAGAGCGAAAGAAAGAAUUCGACAAGAUAAACUCCUUGAAAGAUCAAUUGAAAGAACUACAAGAGAAGCUGGACGAUACAGCCAACACUCAAACAGCGGAGAGGGCAGCCAUCGACAAGCUGCUUACCACUGAAAAAUCACAGCAAAUUGUUGAACUGAGUUGCCAUCUUAAUGCCAGGAAUGUUGAGUUGGAGAGGGAAGUCAAAGAGAAAGAGAGUUUAACCACAGCGCUUGAUACCACUAAGGAACAAAAGAAAAACCUGGUAAGGAUCACUGACUCCUCACUGAAACAUCAACUUGAAGAAUUUCAAGAGAGGCUGGACGAUACAACCAAAGUCUACCCGCAGAAAAGAGGGCGGGUCGCUCUGGAGCAGGCAAACAUAUCUCAGCAGAUUGUUGAUUUGCAAGACCAAAUGAGUUACAGUAAUGCUACGUUGCAGAACGUGGACGCUGAAGAAAAGAAAAAGGAGGCGCUUCUGGAGAAUUCUAAAGAGGAAAAAGAGAAGCUCGAACAUGCAUGCAGCUCUUUGAACAAGACAACAAGUGUGGAAACUGCAGAUGUUUCAGAACUUCCCACAGAUGUCGUGAAAACGUUUAACGCUGAUGAUUACUUUGAAGCAACGUCGUCUCCAUUCGACCACUUCUCGGCAAAGAACGAAGUUGGAGAAAAAUCUGAUGACCUGGGAAACGUGUUCGACGACAACAAAGGCGGUGGUUAUUUAAAUAACCAGCUGCCACCGUGCGUCGCUGCCGUGACCAAAGAAUCUUAUGCUGAGCAGGACAUUCCAGUCCCGAGAGAAACUGUGGGCGAAACUAAGAAACUGAAAGCUGGUGGAUUCUCCUUUAAGUCAGUCAAACCGUUCUCCACAGCUGCUCUGAGAGGCCAGGGUAGCCCAAAGCCGUUCGUCUCUGUGACCAACGUUGCUGCAGCGCAAGUCGCGCAUGGCCUUCCCGUUCUGAGAAAACGACAUGAAACUGACAGAGCUGAAGGAUUUAGUAGCAUUGGCAUAACAGUUAAUCCGUUCUCUAUGUCUGCUAGAGACGGUAGUACCCCGUUCCAGCCUCGUCCAUCACCGUUAUUUCCAACUGUGGCACAGAUAGCUCAAACUAAGAAAGAUGACGAUUGGUUGCCUCAGAACCGAGCCAAAGGCAACCUCGUCUUCGAAGUCGAAGAGCGAGGAUUCUUGAGCAGAACAUUUGGAAAAUGGUUUGGGUUCUAG